GCUUAAUCUAUUGAUUUGCUGAACGACACUACUGAUAGCCGAUUGGUGAUAAGUUUGUCAAAAUACUUAGUAUUUCAAGCUAACCAAAGUGUAUUACGUUAAAUGAUGACAUCAAACCAAGAUAUUAACGUUAUGCUUGGACUAAAAACUGUAUUAUCGAAAAUUGAAGCCGCUGUGGCCAGGCGCAGUGCGGAUUUGCCACAGAUUGCUCCACGACUAGUAGCUGUAUCUAAAAUAAAACCAGCUUCUUUGAUCAUUGAAGCAUAUGAGCAUGGUCAAAGGGAAUUCGGGGAGAACUACGUAAAUGAAUUAGCUGAAAAAGCCAGUGAUCCCCUCGUUCUUGAGAAAUGCAAGGACAUAAAAUGGCAUUUCAUUGGGCAUUUACAAACAAACAAGAUAAACAAAUUACUUGGAUCACCUAAUCUUUAUAUGGUUGAGACGGUUCACUCGGAAAAGUUGGCUGAUAACUUAAAUAAGCAAUGGCCUAAAUUUAGGAAGAAUGAUGAAAAGCUACCAGUAAUGGUGCAGAUCAAUACAAGUGCUGAAGAAGCUAAAAAUGGAAUUGAGCCCUCAGAAACUACCAAAGUGGUGGAACAUGUACUGAAAAAUUGCCCAAACCUAGAUUUCAAAGGAUUGAUGACCAUUGGUCAAUAUGACUAUGAUGUGUCUCUUGGGCCAAACCCAGACUUCCUGACACUUGCAAAAUGUCGACAAGAAGUUUGUGAAAACCUUAAACUCGAUAUUAACAAUGUGGAACUGUCUAUGGGGAUGUCUACAGACUAUGAACAUGCGAUUGAACUUGGAGCUACAACUGUUCGGGUUGGGUCUGUAAUUUUUGGACCCAGACCACCAAAACCAAAUUAGUUCAAUUUAGAUCAAAGUGAAAGAAAAACAACAUGUUACCUCAAAAAUAAUUGUUUAUGAAUUUAUCUUUAUAGAUUGUUGCAUAUUUAUUGGGCUGUUAUAAUCAAAAUUAGAAUAAAAAAACGGGC